CCAAUCAAAUCCAUAUUUAAGUUUCCUCUCAUUUGCUUUAGUGAGAGAAACUCUCUCUCUCUAAGAACCCUAUUGCGUGCUUUACAAUCGAACCCGAUAAUGGCGAACAGUAACCUCCCUAGAAGAAUAAUCAAGGAAACGCAGCGUUUGCUUAGUGAGCCAGGUAACUUCCUAUUCGCACUUUCUCUUUCACCUGGAAUUAGUGCUUCCCCUUCUGAAGACAAUAUGCGAUAUUUCAAUGUGAUGAUCCUUGGGCCAACCCAGUCACCUUAUGAAGGAGGAGUUUUCAAGUUAGAACUAUUUUUGCCAGAAGAGUAUCCAAUGGCUGCUCCAAAGGUUAGGUUUCUGACAAAAAUAUAUCAUCCGAACAUUGAUAAGCUUGGCAGGAUAUGUCUUGAUAUUCUGAAAGAUAAGUGGAGUCCUGCUCUUCAGAUACGCACUGUUCUUUUGAGCAUUCAAGCUCUUUUGAGUGCACCAAACCCAGAUGAUCCACUUUCCGAGAACAUUGCCAAGCAUUGGAAAUCUAAUGAGGCCGAGGCUGUUGAAACAGCAAAGGAAUGGACCCGAUUAUAUGCUAGUGGCGCCUGAUGAUGGGGUUCAAACCAAAUAACAAUAGUGACCGUUAAUUCACAUUGGAAAUUUGGAAGAAUUGAUGUCUGAACUUUUGGGGUUAAUAUUCCUCGUAGCUUCCGGUUAACUGUUAAUUGAUUCUCUUGGAAGACGCCUUAUCUUGGAACUUGUAUUAUUAAUAUAUGUAUUGAUCAUUUGUCUGCCUACUGCUAAGUAAUUUGGGACUGUUGCAAUUAACAGUUGCAUUUGUUUUAC